UUUCCCGUUCCUCCGUUGCCGCUCUAAUCUACGUCGUCGGGGGAAAUUCCCAGUGCCGCUUUCUCUUUUUUGUGAAGCCCCCUCCCGCCACUACUUCGAACUCCCUCCCACUAUUUCGCUUUUCAGUCAGGCUUGCUUAAAGCAGCGCUCUUCGCUUGGAACGCAAUGAAUGAGACGCGGUGCGUUCCCACGGGGUCCUACGAUUGCCGUGGUUGCCAAGGUGACCUAGGCGUACUUUCGUUUAGGCUUUACCCGGCCUAUCCGCUGGGUGCGAUGGCUAGGUGUUGCCCCGGGCCUGGGGGAACGUGAAAUGGAAGAAAUGGGAAGUGGGAGAGUAGGGGCGCUAAAAGAACAGUCCAGGACCCAUCAUGGGUUCUUCUCACCGACGCAGACGUGAGCGACGUUUCCGAAGAUAUCUGUCCAGAGGACGGCUGAGCAAGGCUCAAUCCCUCUUUCUUCGACACCCAAGGCUGGAUAUAGACGCUGGAGAGCCACCACCACUCCACCGAUCCUGUGCCCGCCAUGAUGCUCCUGCCCUUCGACUGCUACUCUGCCUUGGAGCUGACCCCACUCACCAGGACCGCCAUGGAAAUACUGCUCUGCAUGCUGCUGCUCAACAGGGUCCUAGUGCCUACAAGGACUUCUUCCUGCCUCUGAUGACACAAUGUCCCACUGCCAUGAAGAUGAAGAACAAACAAGGAGAGACCCCUGGGGAACUUCUUGGCUGGGAAAGUCCCCCAGAGCCAUCUGUAGAAUCGGAGGAAGAAGAGGAAGAGGCUUACAGGGAGAGAGAAUGGAGACAGAAGCUUCAGGAGGAGCUAGAGGAUGAGUGGCAGGAGAUGCUGGGGAGGUUUGAGGGUGAUGAGGAUGCCACCUUAGACACCCCAGAGCCUGAGUCCUUCUCUGCCUGGACUGAACGCCUGGCCCGAGAACAUGCCCAGAAACGACGACAGCAACAAGCGACAAAGAGAGCCCGGCAUCCAAAAUGUCCGUCAGCCUCCUGCCGCAGCUGGCAGCAACAAGAGAAGGAAUGUCGUCUAUUCCAAGAGCGAGCCCAGGCCAAGGAAGAAGAACUGAGGGAGAGCCGAGCCAGGAGGACCCAGGAAGACAGAGGGCAUUGUGGGGGAGACUGCAAUAGGACUAAGCCUAUGGGAGACCUCCGCAAGGGAGGACACACACUUUGGUGUUUUAAAGACAUACCUUGGCCCUGCCUUGGAGGAAGGGAUCCUGAGGCAAUGGCAGCAGCCCUGGUGGCCAGGGGCCCCCCACCCACAGAUCGAGGAGCCCUAAGGAAGUAUUUGAGGGCCCAGCAGGUCCAAUGGCAUCCUGACCGAUUCCUGCAGAGAUUUGGGUGCCAAAUUGAAGCUAGGGAAAGGGAAAAGGUAAUGGAAAUUGUGACGGCUCUGUCCCAAGCCCUCAAUCGACAUGCAGAAGACCUAAAGUGACCCAGAAGAAAAAGACAAAGAAUGGGUACAUAUGAUGCGUAUAAGUCAGACAACAGGAUUCAGGUGAUAAUGACAAAAUAUAAAACAUGGAAUGAGGAAAAAAUUGGGUGUAGGAAUAGAGGCUCAGGGGUGCGCACUGUAGAAAAGGAUGAGGACUAAAUGAGGACAGCUUGUGGGUUAGAGAUGAAGUGAGCUGGAGCAGUCAUGGGCGGUUGCUACCGCUGACUCCCUUCUCUUCCUAAUAAAUUAUUUCCUAAUAA